GAGAGGCAGAGCCAGACCAUCCUCCUGUCCAACCCGAGCAGCGAGGCCUGGACCCUGCAGCCCAUCAUUGAGGGGAAAUACUGGAAAGGGCCUGAAUUUAUCCAUCUGGAGGCCAGGCAAAAAGAAAAGGUCUACCAGGUCACCUACAGACCCCUAACCAUGAGCUCUGAGAACAAGAAGCACCAGGGCUCCAUCUUCUUCCCCCUGCCGGACGGGACAGGCUUACGCUACCACCUGGAAGGAACUGCUGAAGCCCCCAGGUGUUCAGGGGCCAUUUCCCGGCAGGUUCCAUGCAGGAAGUGCCACACGGAGCUCAUCCCUGUGUCCAACUGGCUGCACAGACCACAGAGGUUCCUGGUGGUUAUUGACAUGCUCAAACCAGAGAACCUGGAAAGCAGUUCUGUGCUGCAGGGGUGUUCCUACAUGGACGUGCCAAGCUCUGCGAAGAAGGACUACCAGCUCACCUUCCUCUCCUACAAAGAAGGAGUCUUCAGGGCAAAGGUGACCUUCCUCAAUGAGACAACCGGAGAGUACUUGUUCCACAUGGUGACUUUCAAGGUGGUGGCUUCAGGACCCAUGGGCACUGUUCAAAUGAGCACCGCUGUUCGGCAGAGAGUGUCCUCCAGCGUCAAGGUGGACAACCCUCUGCCUGUCCCGGUGACGUUUGACAUCAACUGCAAAGUGCCCGACGUCAGCGUUCCCCAGCACUUUACUGUCCCUGCACAGUCGAAGGCGGAUCUUGUCUUGGAGUAUCAGCCCCUGCAAACGGGUGAGAGCAGCGGGCAGCUGGUGCUCCAGAGCAGCGACUUGGGCUCUCUGUUUUACACCCUGCAGCUGAAAGCCACCUGGAGCAGGCCAGAGAAGCCCGUGUAUUUCCGCACCAGGCUGGGCUCCCGUCAGACCAUCACCACCAAAAUACGGCAUUUUGCCCAGCAGAAGACCGAGUACCUCGUACAGACCGACUGUGCCGACUUCCAGACGGCAAAAAUCCAUCAGAACGUCUUCCGGAAGGCCACGGCGUUCCAAUACGCAGUGAAGCACCCGGGCUUCACCGUCAGGGCCCCCGAGGUGCUGCGCGCCAAGAGCAGCACCACCAUCACCGUCUCCUUCGCGGGCGGCCCGGCUCCUGUCACCAGCAGGCUGGUGGUCUCCUGCCCUGGGGGCUCCUGGAUCUACCACCUCCGGGGCCUGCCCUCCCCCCGCAAGUGA